AUGUCUUUACCGCUAUACUUUCAAUUCAAAAGCAAGAUAACUCUUAUCUUUAUAAAAAACCAAAUACAGAUAGGACAUGAAAAUUUUCGCAAAUCGCGUUAUUUGGAUAAAAUAAAGGGAAUAUGCCAUGUUUAUAAUGACAAUAGACCAGGAAUUGGGGGUGAACCAUUGCCCGGUCAGCGAAUCGAUCCACCAAUGAGUAAUUUCCCUAAUGAGCAUGGAAUAAAAGUUUUGUGUUUUGAUGCUUAUAUAAAACCGGCAAACGAUGACCAAGUAGAACGUUGUGGUGCUAGAAAAUGUCAAGUACUGUUUUAUCUCGAAGAUGAUACCGUUCAGGUGAUCGAGCCUAGAGUUGUAAAUUCUGGUCUCCCUCAGGACGAUUUUAUUAUUAGCGUUAGUAAUGCGAAUAUCAUUAAUAUACGCCUAGGUACAAUCGUGCGACGACACCGGAUUCCUAAACCCCCACCAAACGAUGCCUGCUUCUAUACAGUCGAAGAUUUCAAUGUUGGUAUUGACCUGAAGUUAUAUGGUCGGGUCUAUCGUCUCGUGUCUUGUGACAAAUUCACGACGGAUUUUCUACGCAGACUUGGAGUUCGUAUCAAUGAACCUGAAGAAAUCUCUUAUGAUCGAUUCGCCUCACUUCGUAUUGGUAAUUCGGAUGAACCAAAGUCCUGCCAAAAAACAGAGCAUCCUUAUAAGCUUCAGCAAUUUCUUGAUCAUGAUCGUCAAGUUCUGCGAUUCAACUGCUUUUGGGAUGAUUCAGACAGUCUCUAUGGAGAUGCUAGGAAUUUUGAACUUCACUACUUUUUAGCCGACGACACAAUUGAGAUCAUUGAAAGGUUUCAGCCAAAUUCCGGACGUGAUGCUCUUCCGUGCUUCCUGAAACGUCAAAAACUACCGAAAGGCGUUCCUGAUCUGCCACUCCCAGGGGGCGGUGAAUCCGUUAUAUGUCUAAGGUCUGGUUGCAAGCCAAUUGAGUAUUAUACGGAUAUGGACCUCACAAUUGGAGCCAUCUUGAAUGUUUAUGGACGAAAAUUUAUGAUUUGUGAUUGCGAUGAAUUCACUAAAGAGUAUUAUAGAAAGAAGUACAACAUUGAAACAUUAAAACCCGUUAAACCACUUCGUGCAAAACAAAGGGACUCGAAUGAAGACACGGAUUCAAAUUGCCGGCCACGUAUGCAAAGCUCAUUCGGAAAAUGUGAUGAGCGGGGUUUGUAUCAAGGGAAAUUCAAUCCGGAUAUUCUUCAUUUCAUGACUCGAAUCAUUAGCGGAAAUGAGGAUGCAGAAUCUCGCAAAUUCGUUCUCACUUGUUUCCCGUGUGAUAACACUUUUAUGAUCCAAGAGCCCGAAAUCGAAAAUUCUGGAUUCAAGAGUGGAAAAUAUAUGGAACGCUGUAAAGUGCUGAAACCUGGACAGUCAGUCGCCAACACUGAACUUCCCGAAUAUUAUUCACCAUCUGACGUCUACAUUGGGGCUCAUUUAGUAAUCAAUGGUGUAACUUUUGAAAUCUGUGAUGCAGAUGUGCAUACCCUGAACUUUAUGGAGAAUCAUCCAUCCCAGUUCCAUUUUUCUGAUUUUUCCAAAAUUAUGCAAAAGAUGAAGUCUCUAGUAUGUAAUAGGGAGGAAGAAGUAAGACGUAUGGCCAAAGAGGCAAAUUCGGAAAAUUUAGACCUCGAAGGUUUCAAGAGUUUCGUAAAGAAGCUUUUACAAACUAAAACAGAAGAACAGAUUUGCUUAGUUUUGCACGAAAUCAUCACAUUGGCACGUCACUAUGCUUUAAAUGUUCCAGUUGAAAUACAUUAUCAAGAUAUAAUUAGUUUAAUUCAACAACAUCUUCGAAAAUUGUCCUAUGAGGGUUUUGACGACUUACUCAACUCGUGCAAAUACGAGGACUACAAGAAUAAGGGAAUUAUUAAAUCGACUAUUCUUCGACGUAUCUUUAAGGCCAAUCGUCUCCCUAUUUCUGACGAUAUAAUUCGUAAACCCAUUGAACUCUUCCAAGAUUCUGAGAACGAAAUGAUUGAUUACAAGGAAUUCAUAAAUCAAAUGAAUUGGAAGUGUAAUCCAAUUUCUCUUGGAGGAUUGGUUUGUCAAUACUCGGGUAAUCUCGAGGUAGAUAUGGCGAGAUUGCUUGGGGGUAAGAAAAUUCCAGAUCUUAGCGAACAGAGGGUGCAACAUAUUGCAUUUAUUGAGGAUCUUAUUCAGCUUUAA